CUAAAGUUAGCCACCCAUCAAUUGUUUAUUCACUUUAAAACAACACUAGUACUGACCAAAAGUAAAGGAAUUUUUCCAUGUUGUCUUCCCUUAAGAUUAUUCCUUCAACUAGGUUAAAAGGUAUUCGAUACGACUGCCACAUGCCGAGACAUACAAGGCCUGGUCUUGAUCAUGUUCAUGUACCCUACAAACACAAUCUCACCAAUGUACUGAAAUCACAAUAGUUGGUCGGAGUGUGGCACAUGCACAAUGAGUUGCUAAUGUUUAUAAAGUAAAACGACAUGACAUUUUACAUUGCAAGAUGCCUCACUUUGCCUAUUUCCUUCUAAGAAGAUUCCACCUUUGUUAAAUUGAACAAACAACUUUCGAGCUCACCUUGCAAGCAUGUCGAGAGAGUGUUCGCGGCUCGCCCUACCCUAAUGGAUUAUCGAGGAGACAAAUUCCCCUUCGAAUUUAUUUCAAUAGUAUAGCUAAACGAGAUGAAUGGUGGACAUACAAAGGGACCCCCCAUGGCGGAUUAGAGUCAAUCAUUGCUCGGGUACACCAAACCAAACUAGAGCGAUAUGAGCCAUAUAAUGCAUAAUCUUAUGCUCCACAUGACGAAUUCAUAUUGUGAUAGCCCCUCUCACCCUCCUCUCUUCUUCCAUGCCCAACCCUUGUCGCUAAUUAACUUGUUCUUGUGGGUUACGAAAUCAAAGGUGCGAUUAAACUCACACAGAACCAAUCUAAACAAGAUAUAGAUGGGAGAUGCUAAGUGAUUCUUCGUAAAUUUAAGCUUGGUUCAUAGGAUUAUAGGUGACCUUCUCGAUCGAAAAUCAUGGUAGAUGGAGUUGGUUUGUCGAACCGCAAAUGGGAGUUCAUUAGUUUGUUUAACUACGGGCAGACUAGUCUGGUCGAUAGGAUCUCAACCCAAUUUUGAAACAAGGGCAAAACGUUGUCAGUGACCUUGUCGGUCGGAAGCCAUAGUAGCCAUAGUAGAUGCAUCAGACCGGACCGAGUUGGUCUGAUGCAUCUUUGAUCCUAAAUCGGGCCGGGGUUCAAUUGGCAGUUCGUAUUUACCAACCUCGAGGUCGGUCAUGGCGACCAAUGAUGAGACGCUGUGCCUUUUGGAGCGAGAGGGUGACGCCAUGGUGGCUCUUGAAGGCGACGCCUACCUUCCUCUCGGCCUUCUUCAUCCCUUACUCAUCAACUCGGCCACCCUCCUCUCUCUUUAUAAGCGGAUUGAGGGCGAUCGGCCGCAGAGCAGCGGCGGAUUAGAUCGGCGGCGAGUAAUCAAUCAAUCAGUCGAUGGGGAGGUCGCCGUGCUGCGAGAAGGCGCACACGAACAAGGGGGCGUGGACGAAGGAGGAGGACGACCGGCUAGUCGCCUACAUCCGAGCCCACGGCGAGGGCUGCUGGCGGUCGCUGCCCAAGGCCGCCGGCCUCCUCCGUUGCGGCAAGAGCUGCCGCCUCCGGUGGAUCAACUACCUCCGCCCAGACCUCAAGCGCGGAAACUUCACCGACGACGAGGACGAGCUCAUUAUCCACCUCCACGCUCUCCUCGGCAACAAAUGGUCGCUGAUCGCCGCGCGGCUGCCGGGGAGAACCGAUAACGAGAUCAAGAACUACUGGAACACUCACAUCAGGAGGAAGCUACUUAGCAGGGGAGUCGAUCCGGUGACUCACCGGCCGAUCGCCGAUUCGACCGAAAAGAAGCCUCCUUCCGCGAUCGGAUUCAUGUCAAAUCAAACGGAAGUCAAGAAGGAAGACAAGACCACCCCCACCCCCACCACCACCGCCGCCACCAGCAGUAGCAGCGAGGAAUAUGAGUCCCCGACAUGGCGGCGGCAGCGGAAGCCCAAGUUGCCGGACCUCAACCUUGAGCUAUGCAUUGCGCCUCCCUUCCCCAGCCAGCUCGAAGGUGAUCGAAUGCUCACAAAGGAAGAGGAAGAAGACCAAGAACAAAGAAGAAUUGAAGGCUUCUACUUCAGCUGACGAUGCACUGUAAGCUUUAACUAUCAUAUAGAUGGAUAAACCUCCACCAGAGGCUCUCAUUCUAGAGGAGUGUUGGAUCAUGUGAAUUUACUAGUUUUUAUUAAAUUAAUUCAGUUAUUGGUGAUGAA